AUGGCCAUUCACGAGAUCGACCCUAAUGGGGAUACUAUCAUCACUUUGAAGAACCCAGGCAUUCAUUUUGCUGUUUGGGAUGAACCGCAUGAUUUUGAGGACUGUUCUCCUCCUCCUCCUCCUGCCGAAGACCCUUUUCCGGCAGAACCUGCCCCCAAAGAACCUGCCCCCGAAGACCCUUUCCCGGCAGAACCUGCCCCCGAAGAACCUGCCCCCGAAGAACCUGCCCCCGAAGAACCUGCUCCCGAAGACCCUCCGGCUGAAGAGCUUGCUGCUGAAGAGGCUGUUGUGGAAGAGUCUGUUGUGCAAGAGCCUGUCAUUGAGCCCUAUCUGUGGGAAUAUUUCACUCCCGCAUGGGAGAAAUACCGCGUCUCUUCGAGCCAUCUAAGACUAGCAUCGCCCAAAUUCGAAAGCAUGCUUUCCGGAAGCAACUGGAAGGAAGGCAUACCUAACGAGAAAGAUGGUCGCUUUUAUAUUUCCGUCGAGGACUGGGACAGCGAGGCAUUUCUUAUUCUUCUCAAUGUGCUGCAUCUUCACCACCGCAAGGUACCGCGGUCAGUGUCAUUGGAACUGCUCGCCAAAAUAACUGUCCUGGUCGACUGCUACGACUGUGCGGAGGCCGCUGAGCUGUGGACUGAGCGAUGGAUCGAUCGUGUCAAGGACACUACACCGUUCCCUUGGGUGUUGAAACUACCACAGGAAUUCGCACAGACGACGGCUGUCGCAAUCAAGCAGAGCACACAGGCAGAGCUGUCCACGUUGGGUCUUCCGAUUAUAGGUUUCGUUGAUCGUAUCGAUCAAGCCCGCAUCCACGCGAUCCAUGCCCUUGUCUCGCAACUACAUAGCCUCCUCGAUGAAUACCAUAGUGCGGAUUACUCUUGUCCAAGAAACGGUUAUUCGUUCGAGUGCGGGUCUAUGCUCUACGGUGCACUAACGAAGCAAAUGGAGUCCUUAGAAUUAUUGGCUCCACAGCCAGUGGCACCUUUCUCCGGAAUGAGCUUACGGGAAUUAGACUCGAAAAUGCGCAACAUAAAGUCGCCUUUGUGGUGUUUUAUCCUACAGUAG